AUGGCUCUGUUAUUGCAUUGGAUUUCAUUUUCGUGGAGGUUCAUGGAGGAAUUGGGUGUUGUUGUUUGGGUCGGCGAAGACUUUGUUGCCAACGACAAUUGCUUCGAUUUCUGUUUGGGGGUGGUAAGGGCGAUGUUGCCUCGGACCUAUUUGUCGGUGAAAGAGGGGUCAUUUAGAGGGAGGGGAGGAGCUUGUGGGCAAGGGUAG